GCCUGGUGAGCCAAGGCAAAAGAAUCGAGCAACCCAGCAACCGCAGGAGCCCCCCACACUGCCAACAAGAGAGUCCACAGCACGGCUUGUUCUCUUCAUAUACCUACCACUAACCAUCCCGGGCCCUUUACCAACAACAGCCAUGGCCACGGCACACCCUCGCCGGUGGGCGCUCCUCCUGCAGCUCGGCAUCGCCCUUGGCAUCCUGCUCGCGGCGGCUGAGGCUUGGACGGGGGAGAUCAGCGGCCGCGUCGUCUGCGACGUCUGCGGCGACGCAGCCAUCGGCCCGGAGGACCACGCCCUCGAAGGUGCGGAGGUUGCUGUCCUCUGCAUCACAAAAUCCGGUGAGGUUAUCAACUACCAAGCCUUCACAAACUCUAAGGGCAUGUAUACUGUUGCCGAGACUAUGCCAGAGAGUGACAGGUGGGACUCGUGCUUGGCAAGGCCUAUCAGCAGUUUCCAUCUGCAUUGCACACGGAGGGGUGAUGCUCACUCUGGGGUAAAGUUCACUUACAACAAACCAUCUGGGAACUCUCACACUGUCAAGACUUUCCUCUACAAGCCAGCCACCGCCCCUCUGUAUUGUAGCUAAACAGUUCCAUCACAUUUUGUUGGAAGGCAAAAUAUAGAAACAUAACAGGAAGGACACUGUUUCCGUUGUAAAUCAAAGAUUCAGUUGUCAAUGGGAAUGUGUUGUCCUAGUGUCUGGUUACCCAUACCUGCAAGGAAACAGAUGUUGUGUGCUUCAUAUGUUGAUAAAUCAGUGUUUUUCAACUGUUGUAAAUGUUUUGCGAGUGCUAUUAUUAUCUUGGUUAUGACCAAUAUGAUUUUCUUCAUGUA